GUGGCACGGAGGGUCCCGGCGGCGCGGGGCGGCCCCGGGCGCGAUGCGGCUGCUGCGGGCCCUGCUGGAGAAGGCGGCGCGGGCCGCCGGGGCCCCGUCCUACAUCGAGCACUUCAGCAAGUUCUCGCCCUCGCCGCUCUCCAUGAAGCAGUUCCUGGAUUUCGGGUCCAGCAAUGCCUGCGAGAAAACCUCCUUCGCCUUCCUCCGCCAGGAGCUGCCUGUCAGGCUGUCCAACAUCAUGAAGGAGAUCAACCUGCUGCCAGACCGGGUCAUCAGCACGCCCUCGGUGCAGCUGGUGCAGAGCUGGUACGUUCAGAGCCUGCUGGACAUCAUGGAGUUCCUGGACAAAGACCCCGAGGACCAAGGCACCCUGGGACAGUUCACGGAUGCCCUGAUCACCAUCCGUAACCGGCACAACGAUGUGGUGCCGACCAUGGCGCAGGGGGUGAUCGAGUACAAGGAGGCCUACGGGGACGACCCCGUGUCCAACCAGAACAUCCAGUACUUCCUGGACCGCUUCUACCUGAGCCGCAUCUCCAUCCGCAUGCUGAUCAACCAGCACAGCCUGCUCUUUGAUGGCAGCACCAACCCGGCUCACCCCAAGCACAUUGGCAGCAUCGACCCCCACUGUGACGUGGCCGAGGUUGUGAGAGAUGCCUACAACAUGGCCAAGCUGCUGUGCGACCAGUAUUACAUGACCUCGCCCGAUCUGGAGAUCCAGGAAGUCAGCGCCAACAAUUCCAAGCAGCCAAUCCGCAUUGUCUAUGUCCCAUCUCACCUCUACCACAUGCUCUUUGAGCUCUUCAAGAAUGCCAUGCGAGCCACCGUGGAGAGUCACGAGUCCAGCCUCCGACUCCCAACCAUCAAGGUGAUGGUAGCGCUGGGUAAAGAAGAUCUUUCUAUCAAGAUGAGCGACCGAGGUGGCGGGGUUCCGCUGCGGAAGAUCGAGCGGCUCUUCAGCUACAUGUAUUCCACCGCACCCACCCCCCAGCCCGGCUCGGGCGGGACACCCCUGGCUGGCUUUGGUUACGGCCUGCCCAUUUCCAGACUCUAUGCCAAGUAUUUCCAAGGGGACCUUCAGCUCUUCUCCAUGGAGGGCUUUGGGACAGACGCCGUCAUCUACCUGAAGGCCUUGUCGACAGAGUCGGUGGAGAGGCUGCCCGUGUAUAACAAGUCGGCCUGGCGCCACUACCAGACCAUCCAGGAGGCGGACGACUGGUGCGUGCCCAGUACGGAACCAAAGAACACCUCCACCUACCGGGUGACUUAGGCCCCCGGGGGUGGCUGGUGGCGCUUGGAGACGGAGAUACCAGCGGGCUUGAGGCGGGAGAAUCUAUCCACAUCACAAAAACCGCAUCGGAAGAACUCGAGCGAUGGACUCUUCCUAUUGACCAGUCUGGCUAACGCUCCGCCCAGGAGCGGGAAUGAUUUUCUUUUUACGGUAUGUAGCGUGCAGUAGCCCAUGCCCACCACUGCCCGGAAUCUGCUGGGCUCCCCCCAUCCUCACCUUAGAGAGAGCCGGGCAGGCUCCAGGCAUUCCCCGUGGUUGGGGGUUUUACCCAUAAUCCUUUUAUUCACCAGAGAUCUGUUCUUUGCCUCCGCUUGCCACUGGGAGCGGGAGGACAGGAGUCAGGCUGUGGAGACGGCUUUUAUGGUUACGGGGGAAACCAGCCCUCUGGCCGAAGAGGUUCAAAUGUGGGGAGAGAGGAGGGGGCAGGUGAGGAAGCCUUGUAGGUUUAGGUGUGGGGUGGAUGGGGGCCCUGCAGAGAGAGCCAAGAGGGCCACGGGCUCCCACUUGGUCUGUUAGGCCGGGGGAGUUGGGAGCCAGGGCUGGAGCACCUGUGGGGCGGGGGGGGUGGGGUCCAGCUUGGGCACCAGAACAGCCAGUGGGUCCCUAGUACCAGCCCCCAGGUGUGGGGAGAGUCAGGUGUGUCGUGAGUGGUGUGGGGGAGGUGCAGGGAGCGAGGGGGCCUCCAUGCUCGGGGGCGGGGGGUGGCCCAGGGGGCUGCUGGGAGGUGCCAGGGUUGCCCUUUCCUGAGCUGGGACAGUGGAAGGGCAUCAAAGGGAAAGGGAGGGGGCUGUCCUCAGUCCUACCCUGCUGGGGUGGGGGUGGGGCUAGGCAUUAGAACAGCCACCUGGGGGAGGAGAUCGCAGUGGGGUCCCCCCGGAUUCCCAGAUGGGGUGCAGCAGCCGUCUCUCUCGGCUGUGCUUAUACACGAGGCAUUACGGUGCCUCUUUCCAGCUCAGAGCAGCUGUCCGGGUCUGUCAGCACUCGGGACCCUUCCCCCCACACCGGCUGUAUGGCGCUGGCUGAGGCGAGCUGGAGGCGUUUGCUCUGCAAGGCAGAGACAGGUGCUGAUCUGGUGAGGGUCUGAGGGAUUGUAACUUCGUCCGUGUUGUCUGAGGCCUGGGCUCUGGAGAAGCCUGUUCUCUCUGCCCCCCUCCCUCCCGCCUUCCUGACCCUCUAGCUGUCUGUCCUGGCCGGGGAGCUCCCCUCAGCACCGGCUGCUCCCUGUGUCUUCACACCGCUGCCCUGCACGCCCCACGUGUGAUCGAUUGCCAUGGCAUGCGUUUAUGUUCUCUGGAAAGGAUCUGCACAGAUAUAUAUUUUUAUGCUGUGGGCAGAACCCUGUUUCUGCCCAAGACACGGUGGGUUAAGUCGUGGCGUUCAUCCCAUUGUUGAUCCGUAAAGAUGACAUUGACCAAAACGGA